UGUUUUCAGUUUUUUGAUUAUUUGAUAUACGUCGCAUUUUCACUUAUUCGGAACAGGAAACCAGUGGUCCAGAAAAUAGUGAUUUUCCUGCGGAACAAAGUAUUAAAAAGCCUAAAAAACACCCACAGAAUCUACAGGAAGCAUUUCCAGUUACAGUUUUCCUAACUACAUUUUUCGAAAUAGCUGCAACGAAGCCUUUGGAUGUUUUGUGGUGUCAGUUGUGCCGUUCAAAGGGACCAUCGUCACCAGCGAUGAGCAGCCAAAGUCACAAAAUGGCCGGCCCUCAUUCCUCGUCCUCCAGCAAAUCCGGAAGUGAAGAGAUUGAGCUGACGGCUCGAUUCAGCGAACAGAUGGCUCAGCUGUGCAUGUCGCACGAUUACUCCGACGUAACAUUUAUUGUAGAGAACGAAAAGUUACCGGCGCAUCGGGUAAUUUUGGCUGCCCGGAGUGAAUAUUUCCGAGCGCUGCUCUAUGGUGGUCUCUCGGAGUCGAACCAGAAUGAAAUACAUUUGAAAAUUCCACUGAAGGCAUUCAAAGCUCUGCUGAAGUAUAUUUAUUCGGGCAACAUGUCGUUGGCCCAGAUGAAAGAGGAAAAUAUUUUGGAUACCCUGGGACUGGCAAAUCAGUACGGGUUUACGGAUUUGGAAAUUGCCAUUUCAGAUUAUUUGCGACAAGUAUUGUCGCUAAACAACGUUUGCGCAAUUCUGGAUGCGGCAAAACUUUUUGGGUUGGAAAAUCUCACAAACGUCUGUCAUUCGUUUUUCGAUCGCAAUGCCGAGGAAAUAUUGCGGCACGAAUCGUUUAAAACACUUUCCGAGGAUUCCAUCUGCAGUUUGCUGAUGAGGGAUUCAUUUUUCGCACCUGAGGUUCAGAUUUUUCUCGCCGUGUUCGAUUGGUGUAAGUACAACGGAGCAUCGGUGAAUGUUGAAAGCGUCGUUUCAAAAGUUCGCUUUUCUUUGAUGACUUUGGAUCAACUGUUGCACGUGGUGAGGCCGUCGGGUAUAUUGGAUCCAGAUCAUCUGCUGGACGCUAUCGCGGAGAAGACCGCUACAGUUCAGCUGCCGCACCGAGGAGGAAUUUGGCCCGAGGAAAAUGUUGCCUGCGCUAAGUUAAACUCCAGAACCAUUCAAGGUGAACUCCGUUCAGCGUUGCUGGAUGGGGACACCAUUUCGUAUGACAUGGAAAAAGGUUACACGCGACAUUCGAUAAGCGAUAACGGCGAAUCACAAGGAAUCGUGGUUGAGCUUGGGCAAAUGUUCCUUAUUAAUCAUAUUAAAAUUUUACUUUGGGAUCGCGACAGUCGAUCUUAUUCGUACUUUGUAGAAGUUUCUGUCAAUCAAACGAACUGGGAUCGUGUUGUGGAUUACACGGAUUACUAUUGCCGUGCCUGGCAGUAUCUGUUUUUCCCGACCCGUGCAGUUCGGUACAUUCGGUUGGUUGGAACACACAAUACCGUCAACAAGGUAUUCCACGUAGUUGCUCUGGAGGCAAUGUUCACUGAAAAAACAACACCGGUUGUUAAUGGAAUUCUGGCACCUAGCUUCAAUGUUGCCACCGUAGAUCGCAGUGCUACCGUUGUAGAGGGAGUGAGCCGUACCCGGAACGUUCUUCUUAAUGGUGAUGUCAAAAACUACGACUGGGAUUCGGGCUACACCUGCCAUCAGUUGGGGUCCGGUGUUAUUUUGGUUCAACUUGGUCAACCUUACUGGAUCGGAUCACUGCGUUUACUGCUGUGGGACUGCGAUGACCGGUCAUACAGUUUCUAUAUCGAAACAUCAACUAAUCUAAAGCAGUGGGAUAUGGUCGUUGACAAACGCAAUGACCUUCUGAAAUCAUGGCAGCAUUUUACCUUCGACCCAAAAGUUGUAGUGUACAUAAAAAUUGUAGGCACGCAGAACACUGCUAAUGAAAUAUUUCAUUGCGUUCACUUCGAGUGUCCUUCCCAGGAUCCGAAAUACAUCAAGAGCGAUGCACGCGAAGGACCCCUCUCGUUGGCGUUUAAUAUUAGCAAUAGCGCAGGUUCAUCGACGUUCUCUGCAGCAGCUGCUUCUGCAACAACUGCUUCAGUAGGCAACGUAUCCCUAGAAGCUAACGCAGAACCGCAGCCCAGCACUAGUCGUGAAAGCAAUGUCAGCACCCGAGAACUAGUUGACUAAUCCUCCUGUACUCGCCAGAUGUUCAAAAUUUAAAUCAUUUAGAGAUUUGAAUUCAUAAGAAGCAUACUUAUUCAAAAUUCAAGUUGACAUGACGAAAAAAGUUUAUUCCUGUGAGUUUGAAAUUUAUCAAGAAUUUGCCAAAGGAUGGUUGUAACAGAAUGUAGUUCAACUGUUCUAGCACUUUUCGAUCUGCAAUUAGGUUUCUUCUGAAAAAAAAACAGAUUCAGUGACAACUAGCGCCUUGAAUUAUUACUUCCACAUCACUUUAAAAUUAGUAUACGCUAAUAUGUACCAUUUAAAAAAAAGUCAUAGGGCAGACUUCUUCAAAAUCAUUAGAAAUGUACAGAAUAUUUAUUUAUGUUAUGCAUGGUUUUGUUUUAUUGGAACAAUAAAAAAAAUAACACAAGUCUCCGAUAACUGAUUACAAAUUGACAUGCCUCCACAUUCACGAUCGACAAACGUGUUACGUGCUACGUCGUUAUUCCCAGCCAUAAUGAAAAACUACUUGGUGAUAAAACACAUCGGAAUUAACAUGUGUAAAACUCAUAAAGUUUUUUAAAUGGGUUUUAAAAAAUGAUAAUAUCAGACAAAAAAACACGUGAUGACCAAUCAAACUUCACUUAUUUUCUGCUCAUUCCGGUGUUGUUUGUACAAUAGUAACGUGAGCCGGUAGAGCAAUGGCGUGAGUUUUGCGCAGGUGAGUCCUCAGGUUUGUUCCAUACUGGGUGCGGAAGCUACACAGUGAACACUGAAAGGUUUUGUGGGCUUCUUUGAGGUGUUUGUUUCUGGAAACCAUAUCAGGAAACUGCUGCAGACAAUAUUGACAAAGGUGGGUGCUUUUUGUGUGGCCCAACAAAUGAGUGGGCGACGAAAAAGCCUUCGGGCAGUGCUGGCAAUAGUAUGUGCCGCCGCCCUCCGUAUCUGGUUGCUGUUCGACGAAAUCGGCCGUUGAAAACUCGUAGGAUUCUGGAACAGUCGUUUGAGCAACAUGCAUGACAUUUCUCUCCUCAGAACCAUCCAACUCGCGGGAGAAUAUGAAGCUGGGCACUACUAGCGUUUUCUCUAGCACGUCAUCGGUGGAAUAUCGUCGGAAAAUUUUCUUGGGCGUACCUAGAUCAGCAAGAUCGUCAUUCGAAUCCCUGCGUUUAUCUUUGAAAGGCUUUGAAUCGUACACAGCUCUACUACUGGUUGUUACGUGGCGUAAUAUGUUAUUAACCUGGUUGGUCAAUCGAAAACGGGGUUUCGCCAAGUGAACUUUCGGCUGCUUGGACGAUUCCGCUAUCGACACUUGUUCCUCAGCACUGAUGGCAUCAUCUGACGACGGUGUUUCGGCAUCCGGUACGUCCAUUAGAAACGGAUCGAUAUCUGAUAAACGGAGCGUCAAAUCUGAUUUUCCUUCUAUCGAUGUUUCGUCGCAGUCGUAUUCCUUCCGCAGUAAGUUUUCCGCAUCAUUUACUUUUUUCCGGAAUUUAAUACACUGCAACAGCUCUUCACGGCAAUUUUCACAAAUCAUCGUUGGUUCGUUGGCGAUUUCUGUGUACGAAAUCUGAAAAAAAACCAUCCAAAUGUAAUAUCGGUGGUGACUCAAGAAUAAAAUAUAAUUGAACUAUUUGAUUCUUUCUAAUGAAACUCAUGUUAGCAACCAAUCAUAUUAAAAUAAAUCGAAUAGUUAAGAGUUGUAAAUCAUGUUCGACUAAGGCAACAAACAUCAUAGUUUCAUUUAAGAGGGCACUAGACAGGAGAUAAUCAUUAGUUUAGUUUAAACAUGUAUUUCACUAAAGAGUCUUACUCGACCUAGUCAUUAAGUUCUUUUGUAACUUGGAGGUUUCCGUAAAUUAUUAAUUAAAAUUUUCUCAAAAGCAAUAGACGCAUUUCCAUGAUUGAGCCCAUUGAAAAGCACGUAAGUUUUGUUUUUUUUUUUAUGGUCAUAGCCGUAACUUUAGAGAGUGACACACAGCGAAGGAAGAAAAGUUUUGCUGUGCAUACCGCCAUGCUCGACGUAGCGAACAAACGAACAGUGAAAUUUAUUUUUUAUAUUUAACUUUAUAUUAUAAAGUUUUAAGGCAAACAGUUGAGUCGCAGCGACUUUUACGGCUUCCCUCUCUACUAACAUAGAUUAAAAAGUGAUCCACUCGGCAAAAUGAAACUUUAGAAGUAAAAUGCCUUAAUAAAUAAACCUGAUUGAAAAAAAAAAUACCUUGAACUCGCAAAAGUAAUUGAGCGCAUCAACUAUGGUCACGACCGAGUCCUUGAUGGUAGAAUUAUUGCUGGCGCCACCGCUGCUUUCGAACGAAGAAGGCUCUUGAUGACCUUGAACGAUUGAGGAUUCUGGAUUCAGCGCUGCUGCAUGUUUGGGGUCCAACACCAGACGAUCCUCGAAGAUGUUGUAAGUGCCUCUCUCCAAACAAAUCCGGCACAUCCAGUUUUCCAGGUGUAUGGUUUCUAUUUCCAUUUUAAAAUCACUUUUAUUUGAAAGCUAACCACGCUUACCUUUUUUAUAAUUCGAGAGCAAAACAUAACAAUGGACCAUCCUUAGCGCAGGCAGAUUGGUGAGUGUGAUGAGUGCACGCAUCGUAUUUUUGAAUUUUCGGAAUUUUCAUUCAUAAGCAGGGUUUCCAAUGUGCCUGAUUUUUCAGGAUUCACUGAUUUUUGGAGGCCCAAUCAGCCCAACCAAAUAACCUGAUAAAAGCCUCCUUUUUUCCCUGAUUUAUGGAAAUAAGCCUGAUUUUUGUGAAUUUUAUGAAAAAUGACUAUUACGGAACUGCAUUAAAGACAUAAGUGGAGGUCACAAUGUGGAUUGAUAACCACAAAAAUGCCCUCACUGUUAAUUAUAA